UUGAGGUUAGACCCAGGCUUAUACUUCAAGUUUAUGUCAAAUACUGCCUUUAAUGUGCGUCAAAGAUGUCUAUCUACCUUUGCAAAUUAUGUUCCGUUUUAUUGCUGGAACAUUUUGGACCUGUGGUGCAGAUUGUGGGUGAGGAUUUACUGAAAUACGAUCGGAGGUCACUGGGAGCUAUAAAAGCAGCUGUAAAUCUACCGCUUAACAAAGUUAAGGAGGUGAUGUGCGUUCUUAUAAAGUAUGGAUUUGUUGAACACCGCCAAAAUGAUAAACUCAACGAAUACAUUAUUCUUCAUGAGCGAAUUUUGAUGAUCCUGCGAUAUCCAAGGUACAUGUUUUUCGUCAAAAGUCUGCUGGGCGACGAAGCUGAAAUUAUGCUAGAGGAGCUAUUGAGACGAGGCUAUGAAACAGCCUCAAAAAUAAUAGUCAAAACUUAUCAAAGACUGAAGCAGCUAUCGAGUGACCGCCAACAACCGGUGGAAACGUUGAAAGAAAAAUUCGAGUUACUGGUCAAGCAUCAAUUUUUAAUGCGUUCCAUUAUCACGCCAGUUGCUGUAGAGGACACUGCAGAUUUAACCGCAGAAAAGCUUGACAUUAGUUUCCCAGAUCUUAAUUUCCUGGCACUUUCUCGAAUGGCCAAUGGCACCGCAGCAAACCCUGGAGACAAUAAUAUAUAUUGGCGCAUUAAUUUUGACAGAUUCACUCAAGAUAUCAGAGAUCAAAUCAUGGUCUCUGCUAUCUCCAAGCGGUUCGAUGACAAUGCCGGAGAGUUAAUGAGGCAAAUGCUGAAUCUAAUGUACUUGCGCACAGCUGAAUGGCGGACAACGUCAAAUCCUAUACCUUACGUAGAAAUAAAGGAUGCAGUCAGAAAGUUGAAAUAUCCCAUGUUAAUUCAACACCUGGAUCAGUAUCUGUGCCUUAUUGAGGAAGAUACUUGCCAGUUUUUAAAAAGGGUUGGAGAUAGCGGAGGUGGACAGUUUAGCAUAAACAUGAAACAAGCUUUCACGCAAUUGACCUGGACCACUCUGGAGAAUAUUGUUCUUGAACGAUUUGGAUCAAAGGCCGCAAGAAUAUUCAGAUUGGUACGCACAAGGAAAUACGUUGAGCAGGAACAGAUUCAGCAAUUGGCGAUGAUACCUGCUAAGGAAGCUAAGCAUCUGACGUACACGUUGCUGCAGGAGAAUUAUAUCCAUGUACAAGAAUUGAAGAAGACAACGGUUUCGAAUGCCCCGACAAAAAUAUUCUUCCUUUUUCACAUAGACCUUGAUCAGGUUGUCGGAAUGGAAAUUAGUCACUGCUAUCAUGCUCUUUAUAAUACCAUACAGCGGCGAGAUCACGAGAACACGGUGAAUAAGAGGAUGAUUGAGAAACACUUGCGGGUACAGACGCUCACCAGUAACUUGAAAGAACAUGGGGCCACUGAAGAACAGUUAAAUGAUAUAGCGGAAAUGAUGACCCCGUCUGAAAAAUUAGAACUGGGAAAAGUACAAGACAUAAUUAAAAAACUCGGCGCUAGCGAGCUACAGAUAGAUGAUACGUUAUUUUUGUUAACAAUGUAUUUACGGUAUCAAGAAAAAUAAAAACAUUCAUAUUAAAUCACUUUGUUUGACAAUGACAAGACAGGAACAAUUAACGAAUUUUAUAAAGCCGGUGAGCUCGGCGAUCCAAAAGCAUCUCGAAAGAUGACUACCAUUGGUAACUUCGAGAAAACUAGAAAUUUCUCGAUGGCAUUCUCGGGAUCCAAAUAUUUUUUGUCUGUAAGGGCGUACAAAUAGGAUUCCAACCCAAUGAAAUGCGCAUAAACACAUAAAUACAUUAUACUGUAGAUCAAAGCGAUGUAAAUAAAUGAACAAGAACGCUGGUAAGUUUCAAGUAAGUGUGAGAAAAUAAAUAUAACUGUUCAACUGUUCGUUUUAUAAAUAACUAGGAAGUUUAGUGACUUCAUAAAUUUCGAGACUAUACGCUAUAGUUACAUACCGUUUGUUUUUCGGCAAAUCUCGAAAUCGUUACAUUAUUGCAUCACGAACAGGCACAUCAUCAUAUUGCCCG